AGACUUUAUUUUAAUUUGAUUUUGGUACUUUCUGUUCAGUGAAUUUUUUUGUGAUUUAUAUUGCUUCAAGAUGAACACGACAGUCUUCAAGUUUUUGGCUGUAAUGCUGUUGAUUUUGGGGCUGCAACAACAGGUCGUGGCCAGACCAAGUAUCAAUAGCCGAGUAAAGAGGGUGUCAGAUCCCCAUCUGUCAGAUCUCGAGACAAAGAUAGGCCUGCAGAAACUGAAGGGCAUCGCCGUGACCCUACCUGUAGCUCCCGGCAUAGACUUCCAAAAAAUCGGACGCAAACGUAGAUCCCAAUCCAGACUCCUGGAAGCGCUGUUCAACCAAUCAGAGGAGGACCAGGGUGACCCCAGAGGCGGCCUACUCAAGCUCUAG